AUGGGAGUCACGGUUGAAACCAUCACUCCUGGAGAUGAAUCUACUUACCCAAAGAACGGUCAAACGGUGGUCGUUCACUACACUGGAACUUUAACAAACGGUCAGAAGUUUGAUUCCUCCCGCGACCGCGGCAAGCCCUUCAAGUUCAAGAUCGGCAGGUCCGAGGUGAUCAGGGGCUGGGAUGAAGGCGUUGCCAAGAUGUCUGUAGGCGAGCGAGCCAAGCUAACUUGCAGCCCUGACUAUGCCUACGGUCAGAAAGGUCACCCCGGAGUCAUCCCACCGAACGCUACUCUCAUCUUUGAUGUUGAACUUCUCCGUCUUGAAUAA